CUUAAUUCAACUCCUUUAAAUAGAGUAUUAUUUUCAGAUCAACUUUAUUCAAGUCUCUAAUGUAUCUGCUUGACAAGUCCUAACAGAACACAAGGAAGAUGCAAGCCAGCCAGUCUUUACUAGUAACAAUGUAUUCAUGACUUUAGGAACUGUUUCUGCUCAGGCUGUUUCUUGCUCCUGCCUGAGAAGAGGAGCACAGCUUUCCUGGGGUGUGCUAUUUGAGCAAGAAAGUAAUCUAACACUAAAUGCAGGCGGGGUCAGAGUGAUGUAACAGGAAGCUCUGAUGUUUCCCUUCUGCUGCUGAUCUCUUACAAUCUGACAACACUUCCAAUUCCACUCAGAACAAGCCCUCUCUCCACAGUAGAGCAAUCUAACCUCUUCCAUUAAGAUCACCAGGCUCUGAUAACUGGAUUACACCCAGUUUGCAGGAUCAAAUUGCAAAUCUUUUGCUGUUUCCUCACCUUGCCUGAGGGGGAGAAUCUCUUCUGCAGAAUCUCAGAAAAAUCAAAUUGCAUCUUACUUUAUAAAAAAAUUCCUCAGGAACUGAGCUGGGUCAUGACUGUUGGUUAAAAACAUAUCUUCAAGGCAGCUUUAAGGGGACCCAAGGAAAAAUAUGGUCUGAGUCUGGAGACAACUGUUAGCUUAUUUCUGUAUUAAAAGGACCAAAACAAAAUAUUGCUGAUAGAAAAAAAAAAAGGAAGAAAAAAAAAGAUUUCUCAUUUGAACGAUUACCAACAUUAGGCGACAAGGACCUUCAGUAGAAGGAUCUAAUUUUACAUGACAUUUUAAAAGUCAAUUUUAAUUAUGGAACAAAGGUGGAUCUUCGUGUUUCUACUUCUCUUGACUAUUAUGAAGCCUUUGACAAUGGCUGAACCAGAAGGAGGACAAAAUUUUUCUGGAGAGCCAACUCAAUUGGGUGUUACUCGAAAUAAGAUUAUGACAGCCCAGUAUGAAUGUUACCAAAAAAUCAUGCAAGAACCUAUUCACAGGACAGAAGGACCAUACUGCAAUAGGACAUGGGAUGGCUGGCUAUGUUGGAAUGAUGUUGCUGCAGGGACCGAAUCAAUGCAACACUGUCCUGACUAUUUUCUGGAUUUUGACCCUUCUGAAAAAGUUACAAAAAUAUGUGAUCCAAAUGGAAAUUGGUUUAAACACCCAGAGAGUAACAGGACCUGGACAAAUUAUACCCGAUGUAAUAUCCAUACUCACUUGAAAGUACAGACAGCAUUGAAUUUGUUUUAUCUUACUAUCAUUGGACAUGGAUUAUCAAUUGCAUCACUGCUGAUCUCUCUUGGGAUAUUUUUUUAUUUCAAGAGUUUGAGCUGCCAAAGGAUCACUCUACAUAAAAAUUUGUUCUUUUCUUUUGUUUGUAAUUCUAUUGUCACAAUCAUCUGGCUUACGGCUGUGGCCAACAAUCAGGCAUUAGUUGCAACCAAUCCUGUAAGUUGCAAAAUAUCCCAAUUUAUUCACCUUUAUUUGUUGGGCUGCAAUUAUUUUUGGAUGCUUUGUGAAGGCAUCUAUCUACACACACUCAUCGUAGUGGCUGUGUUUGCAGAGAAGCAACACUUGCUCUGGUAUUAUCUUCUUGGCUGGGGAUUUCCCUUGAUACCUGCUUGUUUACAUGCUAUCGCAAGAAGUUUGUACUACAAUGACAACUGCUGGAUCAGUUCUGAUACUCAUCUCCUGUACAUCAUCCAUGGUCCAAUUUGUGCAGCUUUAUUGGUAAAUCUCUUCUUCCUGUUGAAUAUUGUACGUGUCCUCAUUACCAAGUUAAAAGUCACUCACCAAGCAGAGUCAAAUCUGUACAUGAAAGCAGUAAGAGCAACCCUCAUUCUUGUACCCUUGCUUGGGAUUGAAUUUGUGCUAAUUCCUUGGAGGCCAGGAGGACUAAUUGCUGAAGAAAUAUAUGACUAUAUUAUGCACAUCCUCAUGCAUUACCAGGGCCUUUUGGUCUCCACAAUUUUCUGCUUCUUUAAUGGAGAGGUUCAAGCAGUUUUGAGAAGGCAUUGGAAUCAAUAUAGAAUCCAAUUUGGGAGCAGUUUUUCCAAUUCAGAUGCCCUUCGGACAGCUUCUUAUACUGUGUCUUCCAUCAGUGAUGUUCAUGGCUACACCAAUGACCUUGGUAGUGAACAACUGAAUGGAAAAAGCUUCCAUGACAUGGAAAAUGUGGUUCUGAAAACAGAAAAUUUUUAUGCUUGAUUACAGAAGAAUUACAAACUUUAUUACCACCUUUAAAUGCUUAUUGCUGAAGGAUUGUGUUCAUGACUCUAUGGCCAGAAGAUUUUUAGCUAACAUGGACUUGUUUCUCUUGAGUGCCACAAAAAUAGCCCAUAAGUACAUUAGCAUAUGUUGGUAAGAAUACAUACAUGCACAUUAAGCUUGAUUCUUCUCUUCAGGUCUGGGCAACUGUUCACCAUGUAUAUUUUCUCCCUUUCAUGGAGGGGAGAAGAGCCUUUCUGAUGCAUUAGUUCAAUGUAUCAGUGAAUAGUGUGAUCCCUCCCGACAACUGUACAGUGGUCAGAAGAAGAGCUAGCUAUUUAUGCUGCCCAUGACUCUCAUCCCUAGAAAAAUCAACAGAGCAAAAACUGCUGUGCUCACUUGUUGACUCACUCUAGUACCACUCUGGAUCAUGUUCCUUUGAGACAGCAUGCUAUGCACAGGACUGGCAGUGUGCAUAGGACAGGGCUGCAGAGCAUUUACUGCAGCAAGCAGAAUAUGUGACUUGAUUAUCGACCGUUUUUCCUCCCUCACAACCUAGGUGGAGGGAGUCAGGUCAAUAAGAAGUAUAUGUAAAUAGAAACUUUUCCUUUUGAGUUUCUACUGUGUAGACAAUCAUCAGUGCAUUCUGUAUGAUGAAAUUUGAUGAAGGAUUUCUUAAUUUCUGUGGAGCCUGUAUAAAGCUCUUGUUGUGAAAAUUAUAUACCGUUUUCAAUAACCUAGCUUGUAAAUAAAUUUAAUGCAUUUUUUGUCCAUAAACUUAGAAGGCUUGAAGUAGAUACAUUAGUAUUACAGUAUGUGCAGGUUAAUUUCUAAUAUAAGAAGCACCAUGACUGAUUAUGCUAAAAUAAGAGUCUAGAAUAAUUAUACUAAGCCAAUUCAUUUAGAAAUAGUUUAGCAACUCAAAUGGAUGGUAGCAUCAGAAAUUUUAUAAAGGGAAGAAAAAAAUCGUAAUGAAAGACAAAAUAUUUGCAAUAGAUCAAAAUGACAAUCAAGUGGAAAACUUUAGAAUGCAGUUGGCAUAUUGGAAGAAAUAUUGACAUUUUCUUUCAGAAGUUAUACCUAAGGAAUGAGUGUUUUAAAUAUGUUUAAUGCAUUUAAAAUAUAAAUUUAUAUCCUAACCCUAAAAAGUGAGGGUGAAAUAAACAAUUUUAGGUUUGUUAAGAGCUAUCUUGCUAAGAUAUUUAUUAAUAUAUUUAUUAAUUUCACAUCCAGCAACCACAUCAUUUUAGUGAAGUUGAUUAUAUGGAAAAAAAUACAACGUUUUAAAAAGUAUUCCACCAAAAGGAAUGAGUGAUACAAAUCAUGACUCUUUUAAAAUGCUUUGUUUCUGAGCAAGUAGAAUAUUUUGAAUAAAAUAUAAUUUGUAUAAGCAUACAACAAAUAAAAAAAUUGUGUAUAUUAUUAGGGAAUUAGAUUUCACAGAAAACCUAUUAGACUAAUAACAAAAUGUGAAAGAUUUAUCCCAAAACUAAUAUACCUCCUAAGUAACAGAACAUUGGUUUCACUAAAAACAAACUUCCUUGUCAACUUCGGAGGAGCCAUAAUAUCUCUUCCUCACAACUGCUAAACAUAUAUUUUAACAAGAAUCAUAUUGUGUCAUUGAAAGGCAUGCAAAGCAUUUAAAAUAUAAUAGUAUAUGAUUAAUUAUUUGACCAUUAUGGUGCUUACCAACAUUCAUAAUUUCUUAGUUUUCAGUAAUUUCUAAAUUUAAAAGUGUUUUUGUUAUAAUUAUUAUUUUUGUUGUUUUUAAAUGCUCUAGGAAAAAUUUUUAGUUAGAAUGAAACCAGUUAGCUAAAGGGACUGGUCAGCAAAUAUAUAAAUUAUAAAUUAUCAGAUGUUUUGACGAUGCUAAUACCAAUUGUGUGGAAUUGACAGUAGGUAUCAGAUUUAUGAAGACAAGCUAUUCUGACCUCCAAACUGGUUAAAGUUCAUUAAAAUAAUCUUCUAUUUUUGUUUAACUCAUUUAUUUGCAAAGCCUUUUCUGCAAAAGAUUCAAAUGCUGGAACUGCCAUGCUCAGUUUUACAUACAUACAUAUAUAUAUUGUAUAUAUUUUAAUGUCAGAUCUAUUUAUGUGUACUACUUAGCUAUACUGCCAUAACAGAACUUAAAAUGACUACAGAAAAUGUUCUAUUUUCAAAGAGUAUUUUAUUCUAAAUACAGCAUUAUGAGAGGACCUAUUAAUUAUUGAUCUUUUAUCAGUAUGCUUAGAUCAGAACCUCAUGCUGGUUUGUUAUAUGGCCAGGUUUUUUUUAAUAAAUGUUUUUGUGUCAGUUUCACGUGUAAUCAAGUCAAUAAAAUUAGUUAUAUUUUUGUGUACUUACCUUCUAAGAUGUUAUGCUUCUAAAUGUUAGACUUCUGUUCUGGCAAAUAAAAAUUUUAUAUCUUAUUCAA